UAGCCGCCCGUGUUUUUCAUUGCUUGGCUUUAGGUGAACAGCGAGGGAGGCGGUUCUUACCACUUAGCUGGCAGGGUGUAAGGAAUGCGUUCAAAAACACAUGUAAAAUUACAGUAAGUUAUUAUUAAUAAGAAAUGUUAGUUAGGGUAAUUUAGUGCUUUCGGAGUUUUGUGAAUUUCUCACUGUGCAAACGAAUUCGGUAAAGUUUUUAUUGGAGUCAGUGUCAGGAACAGAUUUUUAGGAUAGUCCACAGCCAUCGGUUCUUAAAAGUUAGGCAGGGAAUCUGCAUUGCAUAAGAAAACUUCAUACUGAGAUACCUUCAAAUGUUUCCAAAUUCUGUAAUAGUCGGUUAUAAUUUUUAAAUAAAAUGUUCCAGUGACAGCUUCCAUUCAGUCGUUAAUUACAUGCGAUUUUUUUCAUUACCUUCUCAUGUCAUGAAAUGGAUAAGCUAGCAACCAUGAUGCAGCAAAGUCAUGAUAUAAGCUCUCUGGGAACAUGUGCCACUAGAAGACACCAAUUGUUCGUUGUGUAACAUCCACUUCAGAAAGCAAAGAAUGCCUGAAUGAAUUUAUGAGGCUCAUGCUGGCCUCUUUAUCCAGAUGUGAAUCAUCCAUUUUUACUUUUACGCUUGGUUCUAAUUACGCUAUUUUUGCUCUCACAUAGAGUUAUGUUUGUGACAAGUCAACAUAAUUCUCUGCUGCCUGAAAUAUGUAAUUCUAUGGGACCACCAUCAAAUACAUUAGACUGAGGAUGAAACUGAACUCAUUGGCCACUCUGAAUCGGCAUUUGAUUUCCAGAAACAUUUAUAAUUUUUUAAGAGAAUAAGAAAGAUACACAGACCAUGAACUUGCUUCCAAAGGAUCACAAAGAAUUCAGUUCAAAAGAAUAUUGGAAUGAAUUCUUCUCUAAGCAAAAAUUUCAGCAUUUUGAAUGGUAUGGAGAAUAUGAUAGUUUGAAUGAAAUUCUCGACAAGUAUAUCUAUACAAAAGACAAGGUACUAAUAACUGGAUGCGGUAAUUCAAAACUUUCUGCCGAUCUUUAUGAUGUGGGAAUUUGCAAAUCUGUAAGCAUCGACAUUAAUGCUCCUGUUAUAAAUCAGAUGAAAGAGAAAUAUGGCAAAGAUCGGCCAAAGAUGGUUUUUGAACAGAUGGAUGUUUUCAAAAUGACUUAUGAUCCUGAAACUUUUGCAGUUGUUAUAGAUAAAGGAACUCUUGAUGCUCUUCUUGUAGAUGAUUCCAAAGAAACUAGUGAUAAAAUAGACAAAAUGUUUUCAGAGAUAGAACGAGUAUUACGUUAUGGGGGAAGGUAUUUAUGUGUAUCUCUUCUUCAACAACAUGUAUUAAAUAAACUGCUGGAUUGGUUUUUAGAAAGAGAAUGGCUUCUAAGAUUUCACCGUUGUAUCAAAGCUGAGGCUAAACAUGAAAAUUCUGUAGCAUUUCCAGUGUUUAUUGUUGUUGCAACAAAAAUGAAGAAAAUGCUUGGCUCGUCUAUGGUUUUGGAGAUAGUACAUGAUGGUGUACCCACACCUAAACGUUGCUUGGCAAAAACUGAUAUUGUUGAAUAUGUUAAUUCUUUACAACAGUAUGCAUUUUUAAAGCAUUACCUUGGGAAGAAGAAAGUAACUGAAGAUGAUAUAUGUUUGGAACUAUGUUCUCCAGAUACUGGUAUGGUGAAAUAUAAAAUGUUUGUGGUUGAUAGAGAAGAAACAGCAUCAUUAAAGUUUGCUAUAUUUGUUGUUCCUCAAGGAAGGGAAACAGAAUGGCUUUUUUCAUCACCUCAAGGCCGUAGAGAAUUAGCAGCUAGUGCAAACUGUGAGAGAUUAGUUGUUGUGCAUUUAUUGCGAAACAAUGUAUACACAGAUUUAGAUGAGGUAAAAAAAGAUUUAUCUGAAAGUGUUUUGGAAUUAGCACCCACAUCUUGCAAGGCACAGGUACCAAUUUUAUCAUUAGGAAAUGAUGUUGGAAAACGUGAUAUUAAAUGCUGUGGAAAGAGUGACAUUAGUGGAGAAUAUAUUAUUGAAGAUGUUGGUUCAGGCAAUGGCGAUAUGUACAGAAGAUUGAUUUUUCUCUGUAAUCCUUAUUCAGUUCAGUCUGAAGCUAAACUUAUCCUAGGUCAGAAAAAGAAGAAAAAGAAAACUGUAUCCAAAUUGGAGAUAGAUUUUGAUUAUCUUGCUCAUGAUUAUAAUGUUGCUAUAAUUUCAGGCCUUGCUCUUAUAGAAUCAGAAAUGUUAAAUCCUAAAAUUCUUGAUAUAGGAUUAGGUGGUGGAACGUUAGCCAUGUAUUUAUAUAAACAUUUUCCAGAUGCUACUAUAGAAGCUGUAGAAUUAGAUCCAGCUAUUCUAGAAGUAUCUAAAAAAUGGUUUAGUCUCACAACUGACAUGAGACUGAGAGUUCACAUUGCAGAUGGCUUAACCUUUAUUCAAGAAGCUGCAAAGAAAGGAUCACAAUAUGAUGCCAUUAUAUUGGAUGUCGACAAUAAAGACCCUACAUUGGGGAUUAGCGGACCUCCAAUAGAAUUUCUUGAACUAUCACUGUUAAAUAAUCUGAAAAAGAUUGUGUCUGAUAAAGGAGACUUUUAUGUAGCUGUCAUCAUAUAGCAGUAGAACAUAGUUGCUCAUGAGAGUAAGGGGAAAAUUGCAUAAGAUUACUCAUUAUUUAUGAUUAUACUAAUACACAUUUUUGCUAAAUAUAA